AAGGGAGAGCGAGUGGCUUUACGCGUUUAGGAGUCGCGGUUGGUUGUGUGGAAUCUUCCCUCUCGCUGUACCAAAUUGUUGCGUUCUGUUUCGUGCUCCCUCGCACCCUGUCUUCAUAGCUCUUGCACUCUCAGCCUUUCUGGCCAUCAUUCGCCUUCCUUCGUUUUUCGUUAUUAUAUUUUCCUAUACGCCUCCUUUUUUACUUGGGCUCCGGAAGCCUUUUCGCUUAGAUGUUUGCUUCAUCUAUUUUCUCGCCCCUGCAGAACACUCAAGUGAUUGGGUCAACGCUGAUUGGUUUCUACACCCAGUGAUAUUUACCGUGACUAGCGAAAGCUGCUUAUUUAUAUUUCCCCUUUGUGUCGCCCCGUUGAAUUUGAUAAGACAUCAACGUGCUAUCUCUAUGCCUUCUGUGUGAUCUUGGGAGUUGGUGCAACUUCGCUUGAUAUUUAGCAGUAAAUGCAACAUCCUCUGAGCUGAUAACAGAAUGCAUUUAUAUCAUCAUCCUUUUGAUUUGGACAGCCAGAAGGUGAGGCUUGCAUUGGAAGAGAAAGGCAUUGAUUAUACGUCUCACCAUGCCAAUCCCAUUACAGGCAAGAAUUUGGAUGCCUCAUUCUUCCAGAUGAAUCCCAGUGGGAGGCUACCUGUUUUCCAAAAUGGUUCCCACAUCCUUUACGAGACUAUCGAUAUAAUCAAGUACAUAGAAAGAAUUGCUAAGGUUUCCUCUGGCGCUGAGCAUAUGAGUGUCAGUGGCGGGGAAGUUGUUGAAUGGAUGAGAAAGAUACAAGAGUGGGAUCCCAAGUUUUUCACGCUCUUUCAUAUACCAGAUAAAUAUCGCAUCUAUAGCUCCAAGUUUAUAAGGCGGGUGGUGAUUGCUCGAAUGUCUGAAUCCCCGGAGCUGGCUGGAGCUUACCACAGGAAGUUGAGAGAAGCUUAUCAGACUGAAGAAAAGUUAAAAGACCCUGAUGUGUUGCGGAGGAGCAAGGACCACUUGGUUAUGCUUCUUGAUGAAGUGGAGAGGCAACUAAGUGAAACGCCUUACUUAGCAGGUCAAGAUUUCACCAUGGCCGAUGUGAUGCUCAUUCCUGUAUUGGCUCGCUUAAUGCUCUUGGAUUUAGAACAUGAGUACAUAGCUGACAGGCCAAACAUUGCCGAGUACUGGCUGUUGGUUCAGCAGAGGCCUAGCUAUAAAAAAGUGAUUAGCAAGUAUUUUGAUGGUUGGAGAAAGCACAAAAUGUUGUUGAAAACGUGGUGCUGUGUUCGCAUUAGAAGCUGGCUAAAGAAAUAUUAGUGAAUACACAUAUAUGACUCGGUUGGGCGACUAAAUGAAUAGCCUUUUGUAUUUUUUAAGAAAAAGGAGCAUUCACAAUAUACUUUUUUUGCCUCAUACGUGAAAGUGACUAGUCUACCCUGGAAAAAGACAAGUCGUUUCGCAGGAAAAAGAAAAGGUGACUUGUUUUUUGGAUUUGUUCCAGAAUGAGAUGAGAGAGGAACUAAAGGAAUUGAGGUCAGGCUACUGAAGGAUCAUGCGGUUGCCGUGUUAUCCGUGAGCAGAUAAUAAAGAUACAGCAAAUUUAUGUUUGUAACCAAUUAUAACUAUUCCUUCUCCAUGAUAUGUUUCUCAUGUUGUGCUGAUAAUUUAAGUUCGCCUUUUCUCAAGGCACCUUCUACUUGUAUGACAUUUUCGUCUUGAUUUGUUCAAAACCAAACAUCAACCAUGCCUUGUCUUGGCAAUCCUAUUUCAAUGAAGAAUUAUACUUAACGGUAAUUACAAUA